AUUUUGUGGACGUUUCCUACUUUGUCAGUAUGAGAUGUCGUCUCUCGGUGCCUCCUUUGUGCAAAUUAAAUUCGACGACCUGCAGUUUUUUGAAAACUGCGGUGGAGGAAGUUUUGGGAGUGUUUAUCGAGCCAAAUGGAUAUCACAGGACAAGGAGGUGGCUGUAAAGAAGUUACUCAAAAUAGAGAAAGAGGCAGAAAUCCUGAGUGUCCUCAGUCACAGGAACAUCAUCCAGUUUUACGGAGUGAUUCUGGAACCACCCAACUAUGGCAUUGUCACAGAAUAUGCCUCCCUUGGAUCCCUGUAUGACUACAUUAACAGCAACCGAAGUGAGGAGAUGGACAUGGAUCACAUCAUGACCUGGGCCACUGACGUCGCCAAAGGGAUGCACUACCUACACAUGGAGGCCCCAGUCAAGGUGAUCCACAGAGACCUCAAGUCAAGGAAUGUUGUUAUUGCUGCUGACGGAGUACUGAAGAUCUGUGACUUCGGUGCCUCUCGGUUCCAUAACCACACAACACACAUGUCCUUGGUUGGAACUUUCCCGUGGAUGGCUCCGGAAGUCAUUCAGAGUCUCCCCGUGUCUGAAACCUGUGACACGUAUUCCUACGGCGUGGUUCUCUGGGAGAUGCUAACAAGGGAGGUCCCCUUUAAAGGUUUGGAAGGAUUACAAGUAGCUUGGCUUGUAGUGGAAAAAAACGAGAGGCUGACCAUCCCUAGCAGCUGCCCCCGAAGCUUUGCAGAGCUGCUACAUCAGUGUUGGGAGGCGGAUGCCAAGAAGCGGCCAUCUUUCAAGCAAAUCAUUUCAAUCCUGGAGUCCAUGUCAAAUGACACGAACCUUCCUGACCAGUGUAACUCAUUUUUACACAACAAAGCAGAAUGGAGGUGUGAGAUUGAGGCAACCCUUGAGAGGCUGAAGAAACUAGAGCGUGAUCUGAGCUUUAAAGAGCAGGAGCUCAAAGAACGGGAGAGACGCUUGAAGAUGUGGGAGCAGAAGCUGACAGAGCAGUCCAACACCCCGCUGCUGCCUUCCUUUGAGAUUGGUGCGUGGACUGAAGACGAUGUGUAUUUUUGGGUUCAGCAGCUCGUCAGAAAAGGUGACUCCUCGGUAGAGAUGAGUGGAUAUGCAAGCUUGUUCAAGGACCACAACAUCACAGGCAAGCGGUUGCUGCUUCUGGAAGAGGAAGAUCUGAAAGACAUGGGCAUCAUCUCCAAGGGACACAUCAUUCACUUUAAGUCAGCUAUUGAGAAGUUAACCCAUGAUUACCUGAACCUGUUUCACUUCCCACCACUGAUUAAGGAUUCAGGAGGGGACCCUGAAGAAAAUGAGGAAAAAAUAGUGAACCUUGAACUUGUCUUUGGUUUUCACUUGAAGCCAGGAACUGGCCCACAGGAUUGUAAAUGGAAAAUGUAUAUGGAGAUGGAUGGGGAUGAAAUUGCAAUAACCUACAUAAAAGAUGUGACUUUCAACACAAGCCUCCCCGAUGCAGAGAUUUUAAAGAUGACAAAGCCACCCUUUGUAAUGGAGAAGUGGAUUGUUGGAAUAGUGGAUGACCAGACUGUGGAGUGCACGGUCAUGUAUGAGAGUGAUGUUAGAAUGCCGAAACUCACAAAGCAUGUGCACUCCAUUCAGUGGAGCAGAACGAAGCCGCAGGAUGAGGUGACAGCUGUCCAGCUGGCUAUUCAGACUUCAUUCUCCAGCUCAGAGGGCAACCCCGGCAGCAGAUCUGACUCAAGUGCGGACUGCCAGUGGUUAGACACUCUGCGCAUGCGGCAGAUUGCAUCCCACUCUUCUCUACAGCGUUCCCAGAGCAACCCCAUCCUGGGGUCCCCUUUCUACCCUUACUUUGGCAGCCAGGAUUCCUACGCUGCCGCGGUGCGGAGGACCCAGACACCCAUGAAGUACCAGCAGAUCACACCCAUCAACCCUUCCCGGAGCUCCUCCCCAACGCAGUACGGGCUGACCAAAAACUUCUCUUCCCUGCACCUCAACUCUAGGGACAGCGGCUUCUCCAGUGUCAACACCGACAGCUCAUCUGAGAGGGGCCGCUACUCAGACCGGAACAGAAACAAAUACGACCGCGGCAGUGUAUCCCUCAACUCUUCCCCAAAAGGAAGAUAUGGUGGUGGGAAAAGUCAGCAUUCCACACCUUCAAGAGAAAGGUAUUCUGGAAAAUUCUACAGGCUGCCCCAGUCAGCGCUGAACACUCAUCACUCCCCUGACUUCAAGAGGAGCCCGAAUGACCGCCGCGUGCCGAGGACCAUCCCCGGGAUGCCUCUGCACCCCGAGACUCUCUCCAAAGGAGGUGAAGAGGAGAGCAGGGUGAGCGAAGGGGGCUGGACUAAAGUGGAGUACCGGAAGAAGACUCACAGGCAACUUCCGGCCAAGACUGGCAAGGAGCGAACCCGGGGCAGCUACCGUGGGCGGAGGAACUUUUGAUGGAUUGAAUCAAAUGGGCUUUUUGAAGUGGGUUCUGUGGGAGUUUGUGCAAUGGACUUUUGGUAACAAGAUAUCUUCAGAUUGCAGGGA